AUAGAUCUUCCUCCUCAUUCCUCGUCUCUUCGACGUUAUUCCCUUCAAAAACCCUAAUUCUGCGAUAACCUAGGAUUCGAUUCGAAAACAUGGAUCCACCGCCAGAACCCGUAACCUACGUCUGCGGAGAUUGUGGACAAGAGAACACUCUGAAGUCUGGGGAUGUGAUCCAGUGCAGAGAGUGUGGGUACCGUAUCCUCUACAAGAAGCGUACCCGUAGAGUUGUUCAAUACGAAGCUCGUUGAGAACUAGUACUCUGAGGAAGAUGGGUUCAAAGUCUGUAAGGAUGUGUUGAAGACUUUUUGGCCAUUGUUUGUAAUAUAUAAUGACUUGGUUUUUGCUAUAAGGAUUACUUGGUUUGCUUUGAAUUUGAUCGCAAGUGUGACUGUGUAAUCGCUUUUCCUUUGUUGGUAAAGAUGAAUUCUUUGGAAUGACUAAAAAGUUCAACAAGCAAAACAUCUCCAUCUCUCUCUGUUUUG